ACCAUGAUCUGCUUGGUGCUUACCCUAUUCGCCAACAUCUUCCAGAGCACUUGCACUGGAGUAAAUGAGCGCACCUUCCUAGCCAUCAAGCCAGAUGGGGUGCAGCGACAUCUCAUAGGAGAGAUCAUCAGGCACUUUGAAAAGAAGGGCUUCAAAUUGGUGGGGAUGAAACUCAUGCAGGCCUCGGAAGACUUGCUGAAGGAGCAUUAUAUAGCCCUCUGUGAUCGCCCCUUCUACAGCCACCUGGUGGAGUACAUGAGAUCGGGUCCUAUUGCAGCCAUGGUCUGGCAGGGGCUGGAUGUGGUAAAGAUGGCUCGUACAAUGAUUGGAGAAACUAACCCUGCCGAUUCCAGACCCGGAACCAUCCGAGGGGACUUCUGCAUUGAAGUCAGCAAGAAUGUGAUUCAUGGCAGCGACUCGAUCGAGAGUGCCCGGCGGGAGAUUUCGCUCUGGUUCCACACAGACAAGCUGACCUGUUGGGCGGAGAGCACUGAGCACUGGAUCUAUGAGUAA